UCUGCCAAAGACACAGCCCCAUAUCCCUACAGAAGCUGCACAGCCAGGGAGUUUGAGGCUGAGCUACUCUGCUGAGACUCUGAGACAAGGUAUCAGGGCAGAGCCACUGAGAAAUACUAGAGAACAAAAGGGAGGGGUAGAAGAGGAGACUAAUCUAACUUCUAUGAAUCCAGAAGAUAUGAAGUGCACUGAUAAAUCCAAAGAAGGCAUCACAAGCACAUAAGCCAGAAGCAAACACAGGAGAACAAGGCUUGAGGGGUUUUUUUUGCACCUAGACAACUCUGCACCUGUGUCUAUUCAAGUUCCAGGAGCUAUGCAGGAUUUUGGACUUUUACAUGAUUGUAGGAUCCACCAACAUAUAGACAGACUUUGGUCAGUAGAUCUGAAAUACAGGGAAGCCCCUGGGCUAGGAGAUGAAGAAAGAGCCUCAACAACUGACCCAACUGUCCAAUGAAAGGUCAGAGGAUGGCCUGGGACACACACGCAGAGACCUGGCCCUGGUUCCUUACUAUUGCUGUCUGGCUGUGCAGUCGAGUUCUUUGCAAUGAUAUACUGGGUCUAAAGUUGCCAAAUGACCCUGUUCUGACUCCCAACACUGUCUGCCUUACCUUGCCUGGCCUGAGCAAACGACAACUGGGCCUAUGUGUGCGCAGCCCUGACGUGACAGCCUCUGCCCUUCAGGGAAUCCAGAUAGCAAUUCACGAGUGCCAGCAUCAGCUGAGGGGGCAACGCUGGAACUGCUCCACGCUAGAAACCGGAGGAAAAGUGCCACAUGACAGUGCUAUACUGAAGAGAGGUUUUCGUGAGAGUGCCUUUGCAUUCUCAUUGCUAGCUGCUGGUGUUAUGCACUCGGUAGCCACAGCUUGUAGCCUGGGGAAGCUCCAAGGCUGCGGUUGUGAGUGGAAACGUCGAGGCACCGAGGAGAAGAUUCGCCUAAAGCUAAAUCAGUUGCAGCUUCAAGCACUAUCAAAGGUAAGGGGUCUCUCCAGGGACUUGACACCUCUUCUCAGAGAGACCCCUGAGCCCAGUCCCCAGGACACUUGGGAGUGGGGAGGCUGCAAGCACGAGUUGGAGUUUGGAGAGAAAUUCUCAAGGGAUUUCCUGGAUUCCCGGGAAUCACCAAGGGAUAUUCAAGCAAGAAUGAGGAUACAUAACAAUAGAGUUGGCCGACAGGCAGUGACAGAGAAUAUGAAACGGAGGUGCAAGUGCCACGGAACAUCGGGAAGUUGCCAGUUCAAGACAUGUUGGCAUGUGACGCCAGACUUCCGUGCUGUCAGCACCCUAUUGCGGGACAAACUGCAACGUGCAGUCUUUGUUAACUCACGCAACAAAAACAGUGGAGCCUUCCAUCCACGGCUUAAUAAAAAACGCUUAGCUCGUGAGCUUGUUUAUUUUGAGAAGUCUCCUGACUUUUGUGAAAGAGACCCCCGUGUGGACUCGCCAGGGACUCAAGGGCGAGUAUGCAACAAGACAAGCCAGCAGAUGGACAGCUGUGCCAGCCUGUGCUGUGGUCGAGGGCACAACAUACUAAUGCAGACCCGUAGGGAACGAUGUAACUGCCGAUUCCACUGGUGUUGUUAUGUGAUGUGUGAGGAGUGCCGUGUCACUCAGUGGGUCAAUGUCUGCAAAUAAUUCAGACUUGAGUUACAAGCUCUUUUAUUUGGACUGUCACAUUUUUUUCAUUUAAUUUAUUAUUUUAUAGUACUGGAAGGGUAUGCAGCUCUGUAUAUAAAAUGUAUAUGAACAAUGGGUCACCAUCAAAAGGAACUUUAAGUUUGUCUUUAGUUGCCUUCAGACCGUUGGAUAUCAUUGGACUCAAACUCACAUGGAAAUAACAGUGAUAUUCAGACCUUGAAAACACAGAUUUUUUUCUUCUAUCCCACCACAAUGUUUCAGAGUUAUAAAAUGUUAAAUAUAACAAAAUAAUGAAAACAGAAGCACUGAAAAGCAACAUGGGACAUAUAGAUUAUUCUACCAUUUUAUAUGUUUAGCUUCUGUCUAGAUAGUGGUACAGUAACUCUGAUAUAACUGGUAUGAGAAGCUGCAGGCGUUUUGUGGUCUGAUACUGUUGCAACAUAGUCAUAAAUAAAUGUAUUUCCUGCAAGCACAGGGAAAUCUUCUUAAACAAGAAAAAACACAAAGGCAGGAAUGUUAUAUGGACUCUAAGCACAAUAUGCACUAAGUUAAUAUGUCUCUUUAGUGAAACAACCCUCUUUAUUCCGGAAUUUUAUUUAAAAAAAAAAGUAAAAUAUUUUUCAGCUUUAAAGACACAUUUUGGCAAAUGAAAAAACAGCACUUUCUUUCACAAGAGACUUUUCUCACUCAAACUUAUGCAUAUUGCCAAAAAAGCUAUACAGUGAUAAGAACAAUCAGUCAUCUGCUAUAUACUGUAAAAAUGACCUGCCCAUUUUGUAAGCUGAUUUGUUAGUAGGGUCACCAAGUGUCCAGUAUUCAACUGGACAGUCUAGUAUUUUAGCAGGCAGUAAAAUCUUCACAAAAAUACAGGACAGCCAAAGAGGCAAAAUUAUUGAUUUGUAUGUUACUAGCAGCCAAGGGGUAAAAUGACUGCUCAGCUGUAAAAAUAUAAAUGGUGGGUUCAAGAGUGGGGGCUAAGGUAGAUCUUUUGGGGAAGGCAUUGUGUGAUCCUACCUACCAUUGUGCCGAGUCAGCAACAGAUUGUCCAGUAUUUUUGUGGAGGACAGUUGGCAACCCUAUUUGUUACGGCAUGUAAUUUGUGUAGCCAAAGGGGUUAAAUACCUAGGUAAAGUCCUACAACACAGCCUGGGAGCCAAUCAGGAGUGGCAGCCACACAUAGCUGCAAUCAUCAGAUGUGUCCUGCUUGGGACUUUACCUGUGUGAUUCCUUUGAGGGGUGUAAAUACACAGAUAUUUAUUGUUAGUAAUGCAAAAAUGGUGCACUCUAAUAAAUUAUAAAAAGCUAUUUUUUUCAUUAAGAUGUCCCUUUAUUUAAAGGGAUAUGUUAGAGCAAAUUAUUAUUUUACUAUUGUUUGUACAAAGGGUUACACAUAGCUAAAUUCAGCUCUGAAGCAGCAAUGCACAACUAGCCUAAUCAUUGUUGCUGAGCCAAUCAGAACAGCAUAUGUGCGUAGUCAUCACUUAGUGGCCCUGUUUAGCUUAGGAGUGGAAGUGUAUUAUAGCUAUGUGGACAACAGAUAGUGCUAUAAGAAAAUUCUACAAUGCAUUAAAACAUUUUAUUAUUGCUCUUUUACGUCCCUAACACAGAAAUAGCUAACAUUAGAAGUAUGAGAAUCCCCUCAUGAUGUGAAAUGCAACAUACAGAACAGCAGUUACUUUGCAAGUACACACCACCAGCACACAUAUUCUUCAGCAGUGGUGCAGACUACACACUGCCGGUCCUUCUGCUAGUUUAAACAGGUGCCAUGUAGAUCAAACUUAACAUAAGACCCAGUACUGAGGCUACAAUGUAUUCUGUAGAUCAAAUAUUUAGACACUCUUUAGAAGUUUGUGCAUAUUGAAAAAUAUAUAUUUAUUUUGCAUUGUAAAAUGUGUUUGCUGGCCUCAAGUAAGGGACACGCAACUUUUUUUUUUUUUCUGCAAUCCACAAGAAACAUUGCAGUAUGAGCAGUGUAGUGUACUGAUAAAACAGCACUGAAUGAGUUAAAUGUAACCUACCAUGGACCACCUAUACCCAUUCAAAAUAGCACAGCAUGCUCUCGCAUCCAGCUUCACAAGCUGGCGCUGCCCUCACUUUCUCAAAGUGUUAAGGGAUUACGCACUGUGUGGCAUUAAAUGCAUUUCGCCCUGGAUGCAAGGUGCUAAACUAUAAUUGCUAUUACUGAAUUGAGAACGCCAUAAUGAUUCUGAUAGACUGAACUGCCUGACUUGUCUUUAGUGAGAAACCCCGAGAGGUAUGGCCAUCCAGUGAUGUAAUACCAAAGGCGGCUGCGGGGGGUUUAAAUUUAACAGCUUUAUAAAAUAUAAACAAAAAAUACUGCUCAUACAGUAAUAUUUUAAGCAAUAUUUUAUGUCCACUGCAGAAAAUGUGCCUUUAAAGGAACAUGAAACCCAACAUUUGUCUUUCAUGAUUCAGAGAGUAUACAAAUUUAUUCAACUUUCCAUUUAACUUCUAUAAUCUAAUGUUCUUUGUUCUCUUGUUAUCCUUUGUUGAAAAUAAUAAUUAGGAAGGCUUGCAAGCAGCAAUGCACUACUGUGAGCUAGCUGCUAAUUGGUGGCUCUUUGUAUUCUCUCACUUGGGGCCUGAUGAUACAAGAUUCUCCUGUUUGGAGAGAAAUUAUAGUGCAGACUUCACAGGUGUUGAACAGAAUGCUGAAAGAAAUAUAGCCGGAACCUGAAAUUCCCAGAGAGAUGAGAGCUGCCUCCCACAAACCUCUACACUCAGAUGAGAUGAUCUAAAAUGAUCUUCCAGCACUGCGAGAUCUCUCACAAGAUUCUAGACAGGAAAAUGUUGCUAUACUUUGCUAAGGAGUGUUCCCUGCAUUUACGUAUGUGAAGGAGAGACAAGUACAGGGCAGUAAAGCACUGCAUAACAUGAGAGUUUUGUUACAAUUUGUACUUUAUAUUACUUUACACUUCGGAUUGGGUCAAGUUUUAUUACAUUUAAGUUUUGCACUCUCAUUUGUAUUUUAAUGCAUUUAGAUUUUGUAUACAGCUGUGAUUUAACAAAUUCUGAUUAUGCUUUGUAAGUUUCUGUGUUACUUUAACAAAUAAGGAUCAUGUGUUGUAUAUUUCUGUAUAUAUUUACAAAUUGCAUUGCACUUUGUAGUGCUCAAUUGGAAACUAAAACUGACAGCUUCAGAAAGUGGAAAGGACAGGUGUUUUCCCUGGGCUGAAAAGGGGAGUUCACAGGGUAUGGUCUGAAGCUCUCUCACAAUUCUCAUGAAAUGCUGUAAGAAUUUUACACAUGUUGAUCUCACUGAUUUUUUAUCUGAAUGCAGAUGAAGUUUGCUCAAAAAUCACAAUACACUUAUUUAAAUGACAGAAAAAAAAUAUAUACUAAACUAGAGUCAAAAUCAAGUUAAAUCAUAGUGAAAACAUUCAGUUUAUUUUGGAUUUGCUGCAAACUGAGACUUUAUAUGAGUCCCAGGUGCUCAGCUGUUAACUUUACACUUCCCUGUGAAAUUUUGUAUCCAGAUUCUGUUCUUCUUCUUAUGGAAUUCAGUGAGUUCAGCCCCUAUGAUGUUUGCUCUAUAAUUUUUCUCCAAACUAGAGAAUCUUUGACUAUUGGGCACAUAGAAAGUAAUGAAGUUCUCUGGGAAACUAAAGUUGUCAGUUUUAUUUAAAAUAGAAAAAAUACAAAGUGCAUUGUAAUCUGUAAAAGACACAAAUAAAUAUACAAAGUAUGACCCUAAUAUGUUACAAAGAAACUGUAAAUGCAUAAUCAGAAUUUGAAACAUCACAAUCCUAAAUACACCUGCUGUAUAAAGAAUCUUAAUGCAUUAAAAUACAAAAUAGAAAGUGCAAAGCUUAAAUUUAAUAAAACUUAAAAGGAGAUAAUCUGAAGUGAAAAGUAAUAUAAAACACAACGCACAAAGUAUAAAUGCAGCAGAACUCUCAUGUUAUGCAGUGCUAUAUUGUACUGGGCUUGUCUCUCCUUCACAUACAGAAAUGCAAGGAACAACCCUUGGAGAAGUAAAGCAAAAUCUGCAUUUUUUAGAAUCUUGUGAGAGAUCUCGCACUGCUGAAUUAACAUUUUAAUAUUGUCUCGUCUGAGCAGAGAACUUUUUAUCAUCAGGCUCUUGAUAAGUUCAGCUACCUUCCAGUAGUGCAUUGCUGUUACUUCAACCGAGGAUAACAAUAGAACAAAGCAAAUUGGAUAAUAGAAGUAAAUGGGAAAGAAUUUUAUACUCUAUUUGAAUCAUGAAAUUAUUUGUUUUGGUUUCAUAUCCCUUUAAUUCAAAUGGUAGUUUGAGUAAUGUUUGUGGUAAAUAUCAUCUGUAAGGUGAAAGUAUCACUGAUAUGGUUUUGUAGAAGGUAACAGAAAAAUAAAAAAAUGCAGUUAGAUUUCA